AUGGAGGAGGGAAAUGCAGCUGGGAAAGCUUCUGCCACAAUUCCUUCUACUUUGCAGUAUUCUGAAGCAAAUAACAGGGCCAGUAUGAACAGUGGCACUAGUGGAUUUAUAAAACAAAAACUUGACCAGGGGAAGGAGAAGAUCAAGGAAUGGCGUGAAAAAAGAAGAUCAGGAAAGGCUAGAUCAAAACAAACAAAAGGAUCAAAGAAUAAGGGGAAUGGGGGUGCUGAUUCAGGGACAGGCUAUUCACGACAGUAUUCAAGGAACUCAAGUGAACCAGGGUCAGAUUUUGAUGAGAUGGCAGAAUAG